UGGUGGUGUCACGGGUGGCCCGGGUGUGCAAGAACGACAUGGGGGGCUCGCAGCGGGUGCUGGAGAAGCAGUGGACGUCCUUCCUCAAGGCCCGGCUCAACUGCUCCGUGCCGGGCGAUUCCCACUUCUACUUCAACGUCAUCCAAGCUGUGACGGACAUCCUGGAGCUGGACGGGCGCCCCGUGGUCCUGGCCGUGUUCUCCACGCCCACCAACAGCAUUCCCGGCUCCGCCGUCUGCGCCUUCGACAUGACCCAGGUGGCCGCAGUGUUCGAGGGACGCUUCCGGGAGCAGAAAUCGCCCGAGUCCAUCUGGACACCCGUGCCAGAGGACAUGGUGCCAAAGCCACG